CAUACAGUCAGUCAACUUAUAUAGUGCGGCAAGUGAGGUUCGAUCUUAAACAAAAAUUAUUUUCUGAUUUUAAACAAAAUAAGAUUUUUGAAAACAAGGUGCUGUCACCAUCCCCAACAAAAAGAUGGAACCCUCGUUAUCCAAUAUUAACAAAUCGGAACUUCUCGACGAACUACGAGCGGAGAGAGCUCUGCAAGAUAAAUAUUUAAAAGACUUUUGUUCAAUGACGGAUAAGCUAAGACACUUAGUUGAUGGCACUGUUCCCAGCAAAAUUGAGACCUAUGAAUAUUUGGAAAGUUCCGACGGUGACAGCAAUCGUUCUCUCGAUGAAGAGAAAAAGCUAACUAUUUUUUUCUAUAAAAUGCGGUGCGAUCUAGAAAAAAAUUUAAGAGAGAUUCAAGAGAACCCCAAAUAUUUAGACGAAGUCAGGGGGUUGGGUGUUAUCUGGGACAAUAUAGAUUAAAUGGAUGAAGGAAAUGCAAAAGAUAUCGACACGAUAGCUGCUCCUUUUGAAGAUUCGAUGAAGAUGCUAAUUUGACUGACAAGUGGGAUUCGAAAAAUGUAAAACAAUUCGGGUGUUACUUUACUUAUGGUUAAAUUAUAAAAAAACAGGAACC